AUGGCCGGCUUCACUCUCAUCUUCACUCCUACCACCGCUGUCUACGGACGCUCUGGCUACAACAAGGACGGCGACGACGAGGAGAACGACCGGGGCCGCUCCGGCUACAACAAGGACGGCAACGACGACGACGACACCCAGAACAAGGGCCGUUCCGGAUACAACAAGGACGACCGGAGUUUUCAUGUCACCACCAUCGCGCGGCCUCACAGGGCAAAGCGCGCAUAA